AACACAAUCCUGCCAGAGGCCGUGCACUUUUGGGAGAGAGCACUUAUGGUUCGAGAAACGAAGAAUACCAUCAGACUGAACAGGAAAUGCGAGAGUAGUCAAGUUUUCGUGCAAGAUCAUCACACUCACUGCAUAGAUACUUGUCGUUCAACUACCAUGUGCGGAGAGGUGGUCGUCCCAGAGGACCAUCUUGACGUGUGUAGAAUUUGCAACGCUACGGGUCACAAUUGUCAAGUGGCGGAAGGAAGUAAAGCCGGUCCCGGAAUCGACGGUGCGGACUUUGUAUUUUAUGUGUCCGCCAUGCAAACCGAGAGAUGUCACAAGGGAUUGACGGUUGCUUAUGCUGCUCACUGUCAACAGGAAGCUGCAUUGGAUCGACCAAUCGCAGGACACGCAAAUCUUUGCCCUGGUAGUAUUAGUACGAAGCCUCAGGAACUGGAAACAUUAUUGAGCACCGUAAAACACGAAAUUCUUCACGCUUUGGGUUUCUCCGUGAGUCUUUACGCCUUUUACAGGGAUGAAAAUGGCGAACCUAGAACACCGAGAAGAAGUGACACUGGAAAACCUCCGUUGAAUGAAAAAUUGCAAACGCAUCAGUGGAGCGAGAGCACGAUCAAGACCGUAACGAGGCCAUAUUGGCAAGUGCAUGGUGGUUACGUCGAGAGGUCGAUGCAAAUGAUCGUAACGCCACGAGUUCGUGCUGAAGUUCAAGCACACUUCGAUUGCCCGGACUUGGAGGGUGCAGAACUCGAAGAUCAGGGAGAGGAUGGGACGGCCUUGACGCAUUGGGAAAAGCGAGUCUUCGAGGUUACUAAUUUUCCCCUAUUUCCGAUAAUCCAUUCAAUUAUUUUCAUCUCAAUUUUCUUUUAUUCAUUUUCUUUUUUUCUCUUUCUCUCUGUCUGUCUCUCUCGUGGGAUAUCGGAAAAUAACGGCAGAGGGCAAAAUGGGAAAUCGAUUCAUCCAUUCUGCAAUAAAGUGAAACAAGAUCCAUUACAAACCGAGUGUACGGAUGAUCGAAGUUCCGUAGCUUUGUGCAAUUUGGUGAAGCAUCCUCAACCUUUACCGAAAAAAUAUCAAAAUUUCGAUUUGAUCCCACACGUACCAUACGGUGAAGAACAAUAUUAUGGUGGCUCGGUAUCUUUGGCAGACUAUUGUCCAUAUAUACAAGAAUUUACAUGGCGAGCUCGAAACAUCGUUGUCAGGGGUUCUCAUUGUCUUUAUGAAGACAACAAUCCACAUCCGGAAAAAAAUUUUGCUUUGGAAAAAUAUGGAUCCCAUUCGAGAUGUUUCGAUCACACCAAUCAAAUGUGGGAAGAAAGAACUUGCAGACAAGCACGUCAGUGGCAACAUUGGGGUUCCGGUUGUUACCAAUACAAAUGCGAGACUGGUCGUCUGCAUAUUAUGGUGGCAAAUUAUACCUAUACUUGUUAUCAUGCCGGUCAAGAAAUAGCAAUCAGAAUUAUUCAAAAUGGUUGGCUGCACAAGGGAGCUUUGAUAUGUCCACGCUGUAAAGAUAUCUGUCAAGCUGAAUUAAAAGCUCGAGGUGACUGGUGUAAGCCUGGCGAUGAACAUCCACCUGCAACUUAUUAUCACAGAGACAAUCUUGAUUGUUCAUCGGCAGGAAGUUAUGGUCUAAACUUAACAGUGACUCUCCUAAUCGUUUAUUUAUCAUUCGUCGUUAGAUGAUAUGACGUUGUCGAAUUUAGUAAGAUUUUUUUACAACCAUCUGACUUGAUAAAACGGCAACGCAUUUACGAUAAUACAUCAUCGUAAUUGCGUUAUACGUUUAAAAAUCACUAUGUUCUAUAAAAUAUACAUAUAAAUACAUAAACGCGCGCGCGAACAGAAUAUUAAACAAUUGUACACCAUUUUUAACCUCGUCGCAUUUUCUAAACCACACACGAAACACAAAUUUUCAUCUACAAUUAUAUGAG